AUGCAGAACAAUCAGCCAGGUCAGCACCCACCGAUUUUCCAACCUUCCUUCAACCUACUGAGCGGCCGUUGGGAGUGGGCUUACAACAUGACGCCAGCAGCUCAGCGUACGACUACCAAUCCGAGACCACCGCUGCCUCCAGGCGUCUCUGCUACUGGCUUGCGCCUCGCCGAGUUAUCACCAGCGAUCGGCCGCAAACUACUGGGCGCUCAGGAUGUCUCUGCCACUGCGUUCUCGCAAGUCACAACCCAUCCGUACGCUGGACUCACAAAUCACCCUAGUCUCAUGGGACUGGGAGCCGACAAGAAUACCCAGUACAGCCGCAUCGAGUCCAACCCAGAAGCCGCUGUCGAGGCGCUGGAUCAGCGUCAGACCAACUCGCCAUACGGACAGCCAACUCGCAAUAGUGCAGCUGGUGGCCCUUACUACAUCUUGAACCCGAGUGGACCUCCUGCUGCCGCUCUCUUCCGUGGCGGCGAUCCGAAUUCACCGCCAGAUCCACCUGCACCACGAGAGCCACCACCUAAGCGUCGUCGUACUAGUCACUUGGACUCGAUCCGCGGCACUGGACAGGCUUCGAUCUCGCAGGGACGCACCUCUCUUUCUGGCCACUCUGGAGGUGGCAGUAGCUCACGUGGUGCUCGAAAGCGCAAGGCUCAGACGCGAGUGCCGACUCUGAAGGUGAAGGCGUGAUUGACCAGUCUACCAGCGGCUCUCGCAAGGAUACCUCUCCCUCCAACACCGCCACGAGCGCUCAAAAGACCACUGUUGCUGGUGCUAGUGAACUAUCUCUUCAGAUGCAGCCAGUUCAAGCAGGACCUAUCACGCAGAAGCAACGCGAGAUCGACCUGGCUAAGCAGAAAGUGGCUCUUUACCAGCAGUCACGGCGAUGCUACUCGAGCAAGGCUAACUGGAUCGGAGCUCGUCCCCCUGAGAUCCUCAUUAAGCGAGUUGCAGGCGGAAAGCAAGACACUGCUCACUACUUCUCUAAAUACUGGAUCCAAGAACUCCUCAAUGGCGCCGCUCAUCCAAACGACUUCUACGGCACCUUGCUAUUCCAUGUUGCUGGCGAUGCAGGGAACAAGUACAUUCAGAACUGUCUCAACAAGCUCUACGUUGAUUGUGGACUUGUUCAUCCAAACACGAACUAUGUCACGCUCCGCCUUCAGCAUGCUUGGGAGGGCUUAGCCGCAGCCGGAGACACGAGUGUCGCGGAAGUGCGGAAAGCACACGGCAGGAAGCUGGUCAUCGUCAAGAAGAAGCAGAACAAGAAGAGCAAAGGCGAUUCUUUGGAAGACCAUGAAGAGGACUAG